AUGGCCCGCCGCCGCCGCCCCCCUCGCCCAGGCUCCCUCUCCGAACUCCCCCCCCUCAAAAUCGCCUCCCAGAUCCUCGCCCUCCAGGCGCUGUACUACACCUUCAGCUUCACCCUCCUCCUCUUCUCCGCCCUGGUAGCGGGCACAGCAUUCACCAUCGACCUGGUGCUAGGAUGGCAGAGCAUAAGAGGGGACACGACGCAGGGGUGGCUUUGCGGGUUCCUCGCGAUGCUGAACGGGGGGGUGUUGAUGGGCGCCGCGAUAGUAGUCCUGAUAGGCCGAUCCAAACUCGUCACCGACUUUGCCCUCUCCCUCCACUUCAUCCACCUCGUCGUCGUCACCUUCUACACGGGCGAGCUCCCGAAGCACAUGGCCUGGUGGGUGAGCAUGGCCUGCGCUAGCGUGCUGGGGGUGGUGCUCGGGACUUGGGGGUGUAGGUAUAGGGAGCUGAAGCCGAUUUCGUUUGGGGGGAAUGGUGCCGGCAACAAUAACGGGCAUGCGAGGGGGCAGUCGCAGCCUGGGGAGCUGAGGAACUCGAAUGAGCAUGUCAGGGGGGCGGGGGACGGGGAGGAAGAUCUGGAACAGGGGUUUAGCAGGGGACCAAGGAACGGGCGGGGGAGGGAUGGUGGGGGGGGUAUGAGAUGGUUGAUAUGCCGCCGGGGGAGGGGUCGGGCAUGA